AUGCGACAAAUGUCUGCGUUUAGCUUUGAGUCACUACUUGGUGAGAAGCUCUCUCUGGAGGAUGGCGCCGCUGCUGGGAGUAAUGCAAAAGGGGAAACACCGUCUAAAGUUCGUAACUUGCCAUGGAAAGGUUUGUAUUUGCCAGAAUCGGUGAAUAAAUCGCUUGUGGAGCUAAUUGAACAGCUUAUCGAUAACUAUGUGAAUAGCUGGUACAAGUCGAAGAUAAGUGAUGAUGAUGCAUUCGUCAAUGAAGUCAGGUACCAGAUACGAUUUGCGAUUGCGAUGUUCUAUCAGCGGAUCCAGAAGAUCGACUUAUCGUCGUUGGUUCUUUCCCAGGCAGUACCUUUGGCGGCAAUUCAUUGGGAAAGAGUAUCGCGCCUUUACGAUUCUGUUGACAAAAAAGUUUAUCCGCCUCAGAUGGUGGAAACAAAAAUUUUGGAAGGCAUGCAAGAUGUUCAUUUUGCCUUGGGCUCACGGCAGAACGAGAUCGAUUAUCUGCGGCAACUGGCCGACCUUGCUGUUGCACAGUUGGUUGAUGAAAGUCGUAUAGCGGGUCGUGCAACUGACGACGAUUCCCCGUUUCAUCAGGCCCCUGCUGCUGCCGCCAUCGCUAAUCAUUCGCGUCCUUGGCCAAGUCACAUAUGCCGGCAUUUGCUUCGCGAACUUCUUGUUUUUUGCAUUUUCCUCCCUCUCCUGGAUCUUAUCGCUGAUCCGGACACUAUCAAUCGCAUAUUGAUUGUUUUAUUUGACUCGGAUGUUCUCAGUUAUCCGCAGAAGUCCCAGGAAAGCAAACAAGUGGAAAUACUGCACGAGCUAACAGAUUACACGUUGAGUGAUACGGCCGAUUCGUUGCUGCAACUGAAACUCAACGAUUUGCUUCGUGAUGCGCGUCAGCUGCAAAUAUUCAGUAUGUAUUUGAGGGACAUUCGUGCGCCUGUAAAUGAGCUACAUUUUUUACUCCAUGCUGGUGAUGCGCAUCGAAGAAUGCUGAAUAUACAACAGCAUGAUGAUGCCUCACUGAGUGAAUUACACUUUGACAUCUGGCAGAUAUUUAGCAAGCACAUUCACGAAGGCGCACCGGAGAAGAUCGAUCUUCCGAAAGAAGUUGUUACUGAAUUCACCAGUGCUGUUGAAGGACACGAUUUUGAGCUCCUCGAUCGCUGCAUCGAAAAGGCUUUUCAAAUUGUGUACAGACGAAUGCAGUACGAUUAUGUGGUACCAUUUUGUCAGUCGGAGUGCUUCUUGGGUCAUCUCUGUGGUUCACCUCCUGUAUCCGUUGACGAAUUAAUUGCAUCUAAUGGACGCCCACAUUCCAAUCGCAUUCUUUUGCCAGCUGUUGAAUCCAACUUCUCAAUAACUCAGUUCCGGAAUCGAUUUUGGCGGAUGGUAAUGCCAGCAAGCAUGGAUGGUUCGGUUGAUUCGUCCUCGUUUGAUCAUUUGAGUGAUGCUGCCUCGCAAGGCUCAGCAAAUGGGCUUGUCGAUGUCGCAGACGAUAUCACCCAGGGUUUGGCUUCGCAAUCACCAAACGACGAGGGGCAACAGCUGGCUAAGCCAACUUUUAACAUUGUUGUGAAUGAUACUGAAGAAAAAAGUGAAGAACCCGUGGAUGUUGCUUCGAAUUUGGUAUGCGCUAUGGCAUUUGCUGAUUCCCCUCAUUAA